UCGUGGGUUCCUCAGUCAGCACACAGUUCAUGCAUUUAAAAUGUUUAACGUUUUCCAACAUUAUAGCAAUUCGGUGACUGAAUCUGCGUUUGUUUGGGGAAAACUAAAAUCAAAAUAGAGUUGGCUGUAAGGUUGUUUACCUCUCAGUAGCUGGGUAAUUUUGGAGGGCAGAUUGCGUUUCUUCUCAGACCAACCCCUAACCCCCUCCUCCCUCACCAGACGCUCAGAUAUACUAGACUACGAAAACUUUGUUGGAUGUUUCAGAAGAAACAUUUCAGGACCAGAUUUUUAUUAUUUUUUAACAAAUGUAUGUACGUUAAGUACGCUCAUUAACCGUGUUUUAUCAGUUUUGCAAAGGAGACCUUUUGUGUCGGUGAAUUAAAACACUAGAAACAUUGUAUCUGAAGGAGCGCACUGGGCGGAGGCAGCGACCUAAGCAUUUUUGGUAUUCAUCUAAACUCCACAGGCACCUCUUUUCCAUUAAUUGGACUUCUGACAGGUGACAUGGAUCUCUCUCUGUUGGUGGCAUUCUGCUCCUGUGUUCCUCCUGCUUUGGGGUCAGGAUUUGGCAGGGAGAUGCCAGGGUCAUCUAUAGGCAGGGACAUGCCAGCAUCGACGAUGGUUGAAAAGGACUAUGACUCUGCAUUUCACUACGAUUAUGAAUCUCUGAGGAUCGGUGGACUGAUCUUCGCUGUGGUACUGUUUGUCAUGGGCAUUGUCCUAAUCGUCAGCCAGAAAUGCCCAUGCAAAUCAAGUCCGAAGUCACGUGUAUACUCGUCAGACGUCAUGAUACCUCAUCAGAAGUGUCCACUUAAUUUGAGGGCUGAAGUGUUUGGACCGCAACCCUUAACAGAGUUCAUUGUAAGGCCUUUAAAGUGUAAUCUCUAGACCAGUAAGAGGAGCUUUUUAGAAUAUUCUUAACCGUUAGACAGAAGCUUCAGUACUCAUUUUGAGUUUUAAUACAUUUCCCCCCUAUGUUUUAGGGUUUAGAUGGCUUGUUUAGGUAUUGUAUACUUUUUAAUCACUGUCCAAGUAGUGAUUUUGCUCUAGUGGUUUACCUGUUUGUUUUCCAUUUUCCUC